AUGGCUUCCGAAAUAUCCACGAACCUAUACCAAGAGGCUCAAAAGCCCCCCUCGCCCCCCGCGCGCACCUUGAACUUCUCCAUAGCAAAGAUAAUGGAACCAGACAAUAAAAUAAAGAAAAGCGACGAUAAGAUGUUCGGUUUGUCAUACCCCAACGCGUUCGAGUCCGCUUUCAAGAAGUACGUACCCAACGUGCUGAGAUCGCCCGAGAUCCUACAGAACUACCCCUUGGUGUACUACCACCCUAGUCAGCUGAUGUUAGGAUCCGUAUCCGUCUACACCUCUUCCAUGAAUCAAGAACCUGGUUCCUUGUCAGCUCCCGGAGGCAGCGCCCCUCCCGUUCUACCUUACACUAACUCGAAGACCUCCCCCGGGAAGUCCCAAACCAAACCUAGUUCGACAAACCUGACGACUCCGAGCUUGUUGACACCGAAACAGAAGAGCUUCGAGUGCGGCGAAUGCGGCAAAGUAUUUAACGCUCAUUACAACCUGACGAGGCACAUGCCGGUGCAUACGGGAGCAAGGCCGUUCGUCUGCAAGAUAUGCGGGAAGGGAUUCAGACAGGCCUCCACUCUGUGCAGACACAAAAUUAUACACACCUCCGAGAAACCGCACAAGUGCCACACUUGCGGGAAAGCUUUCAACAGAUCCUCCACGCUCAACACUCACGCGCGGAUCCACGCGGGGUACAAACCGUUCGUAUGCGAAUUCUGCGGGAAGGGGUUCCACCAGAAGGGCAAUUACAAAAAUCACAAGCUCACCCACAGCGGGGAGAAGGCGUACAAGUGUACGGUUUGCUCCAAGGCGUUCCACCAGGUGUACAACCUCACUUUCCACAUGCACACGCAUAACGAUAAGAAGCCGUUCACCUGCAGGGUUUGCGGGAAGGGGUUCUGCAGGAAUUUCGACCUGAAGAAACACAUGAGGAAGCUGCACGAGAGCAGCAGUACCUGCGUGGAGUCGGAAUUUAUAUCGGCGACGACCCAGGGGUCUACCGCCGCGUCGGUGUAUCCGGGCGACAGAGAUAUCCACCAUUUCAUCAGCCCUUUCAUCCGACCACCGAUGUCUGUCCCUGUGUACUCCACCAAGCUGUUGUGA